UGUAUUCUCUGUGGACGAUUGUCAUUAUUUGCACUAUAUACAGCGGUUUCAAACCUGCGAUUGUAAUGUACAGGUUCUCUUUGCUCGGACUGGGAUGGGGAACACCUUGUGUUCCGUACUUGAUGCCGAAGUUCGGCAUUCGUCUUUACAAACCCAAAGAUAUUUUCCGUGAAGCAAAGUCGUUAGUUGUGGCUAUCUGCAUGGCCUACGUGACAGCAGAAACCAGCAUGGUAUACUUUUCCACUGGUGGCAAAGGUACCACCGCUCCUACGCAAUUCCCAGACCAGUCACUGCACAAUCGAAGUCUGGGUCUUGCAAUCCUUUAUCAGUUCUUCCGUGAAACUGUCUGUGACACGAGGGAUAUCGCCGAUGAUACACAAGCUGAAAUGAGGACGCUUCCCAUAAGAAUUGGGAAGAAGAAAACUCUUUGGCUCAUGGGGGUAUUGGGAUGUCUUCUAGACGCUGCUAUUACUGGGGGAAUAUCUAUCAACAGCGUGUGGGACCUUGGUGUAAAUUACUUUUUACUUUUCGGAGCUGUUUUGAGAGUUGGUGCGACGUUAUUAUUCUACUCAAUAGUUUUAGGACAGCCUCGGGAGAAUGCCAUGGCCUGGGGUACAGUCUCCCUCCUCGGACUGACACCUGUUAUCUGGGCCCAGAAAUCAUUACAUGGCUCGUAGAUAGCUAAGUCGGUGAAAAGAAUGUUUUAUCUCGCAUAGCUUUAUUCAGAGUACAAAAUUACCUUUAUUAAAGGCCGCAAAUGUCUGUGGAUGGUCGGACAGUAGCACAUGAGAUCUAAGUCAGUGUCUCUAUUG